AUGCUAAUCUCAUUCCAGGCCACUACAGCUACGAAUGCACCUCGACACAACAAGACCGACCCUACGUCUCCCGACCCUCACGAAGUCAACAAUUCCACAACCCGAAGCUCGCGCCCAAAAUCUCAGCUGUGGCGCCUGAGCCGAAAGUUGAGACGAAGUGAGGAAGCCAUGAUUGCGAAUAUAGCCGUGAUCAUGCUAACAUCUACGUGUUCAGAAAACUCGAAUCCAACCCCCAUCCAUCAAAAUCCCCCAAACGAGGCCGCCCCUCUCACUCCUCGGAACGCGACGAGGCCAAACGAAGACGCUCCACCUCCACGGACUCUGUCUCCACAAGCUCAACCAACCGAUCCAAGUCCCGCUCACCAUCACCGCGAAAACGACGACCUAGCAGCCCUCGAUCAUCUCGGCCCAAGAGCGCAAAACGAGGCGACUCCCGCUCUCCCUACUCUAAGUCACGGACGUACAGGACUCGCGACGACUCGCCACCAGCAAGAGGAAACCCCAGAGAUCGAAGCCCGUCCCGCGAGGUACCAGCACCGCCGCAAAGACGGAGAUCGCCAGAUUACGCACGAAGGAGGGAAGUCCACUCUCGAUCGAGAUCAAGGUCAAGAUCCCCCUACCGAGGCGGACGAGAGCCAGAUCGAGACACUCGAGGAGAACCCGCCGCCCGACCCGCCCCACCAGCACCAGCAGUACGAAAAGAACGCAGCCUGA